GUGCAGAUGGGGGAGAGCUGCAUGCGGAUGCAUAAUACGGCUAAUAUCGAAAUUAAGCAGAGCAUUCAGGUGCAUUUAAAAGCCGUUAAAUAUCGUAAUCGGCGUCAGUCUUCAUUGAGAUCUCAUCUACAGCAGUAUCAACUGCCACCACUUGGGAUUUAACAUCAAGAGAAGACAUAAGAGUUCAUAUAAGGAAGGGCAGAGAAACACUGCGAGUGUGAUAUUGGUGAAAAAUUGUGCAUAAGUGGCGUUAGGUUCUUUGUUGUACCCCAUAGUCAAAAAAAAGACGAAGGGCAACAAUGUCGAAUAGGUGGCAAGUGGAAUUACUGGUGUUUGUUGCACUGAUCACGUCAAUUGUGUCCGCGUCGUCGGAGAGUAGUUGGCUCGGUCCAGAAUUUGGAAUACUCCAGCGAGUGUACGACGACUGCCAGGAUAAGAAUGACAUUGUCGGUUGCCUUAAGGGGAAGGCACUAUCUGCCAUUACAAAAGCCGUCGAUCAGGAAUCUCUCUCAGUGCUUGACGGGAUAUCGUUUGUCAAGCAGAAUGAGACGGAACAAACCCCGUCUAUCGCGGAGGGACGUUUCUUGAGCGGAUUGAACGGCAUCGACCGUGCCCUGGUGCAAAAGCUUGAUAAAUUCUUCCGUACGCAUACACUGAAGGUGGACCUCAGCGAGGCACGUCAGAAGGAAGGCGGAAUUGGAGGUGGUCAUGGUCACUUUGGUCACGGUCAUGGUGGUGGUGGUGGUGGCGGUGGCGGUGGCGGAAUUAAGGGCGGUGGCGGCUACAAGAAGGCUGGUAAGAAAUAUGGUCGAUAUGUUAUGGCUGCUCUGCUCACCGCUAUGGGGAUCGCUGGACCACUUGGUCUUAAGGCUCUGGCUGCCAUCGCUGGGAAAGCUCUGGUUAUUAGCAAGGUGGCUCUCACUAUCGCAGGGAUCAUUGCUCUUAAGAAAAUAUUCUCCAGCGACCAUCACGAAGAAACCAGUUUCCAAGUGCACGCCGGAGGUGAUCACAACCGGCGCAACACGUACCUCGUGCGUCCCGUGAAAGCAUCCAGCGCCCAAUAUGUCGAUCCCUACAGAUACUACUACGAACACUACCCAUCAUCUCCGAUGAACUAAAAACCAACAAUAUUUCAACGACCUAGCAUCCCUCAGUUGUCCUGCCCCAAGUCCAAUGUGGCAUACCUCGCUGGCCGUGAGAUUUGCCCACCCCAGAUUCUCCACACGUCACCGCAUGGAUCCCCUUCCCCCCAUUAGACUCCAAACUCCAAUAUCGCUAAUUUAUUUGACGGUAUUUUUUUUUAGUGAAUUGUUAACAUUUUUUUUACUACCAAAUAUUACAUGUGUAAUAGAAAAGCGAGGAAUUUGUUUUAAUUAAUUUAUUUAUUGUUAAAUGGAUGAUGAUAAAAUCAAAGUGAGGCAGCUAUCAGACCAAAAUAUUACUCAUUAGAAAGUCAGAGAAGCAAAAAUAUGUUUUUUUCUUUCUUUCAACUGACUCCCAUUCGUCAGAAAAAAAUUCUUCUCCGUAUGGAUAAUUUAUUAUUCUUGUUAUUUAGUUAAUUAAAAUUUUGACUAAUAUCUUAUUUUUUUGUACAUAAUGUUUACUAAAUACCUUUUUUUAUACCAGAUUUUUACAAUCUCUUAGUAAAUGAAAUUGUUAUCAGUAAAAAAAAAUUGUAAAAAAACAAACAUUUUCCUUGAGCGUGAAAAAAUAUAUAAUCUUCCUACAUACAAGAGAAUGAAAAAUAA